AUGAUUUCAGAGGGACGCCCCUGUCAAGCGCCGACUCUGGACGGAGGUUAUAUCGUUCCUGAACAGGACAUAUAUUCGCAUGGGGCAACGUUGUCGUUCGCGUGUGAAAAGGGACUCAAACCGGCGACGCAAGGUUGGUGGGCAACCACCACGUGUCUGGAUGGCAAAUGGGCCACUCAGCCGCAAUGUAUUGAUAUCAACAACUGCAUUCCACCAUUUAUCCCGAAUGGAAAAUUCACUUGGAGCGCCUCGGGUUGGUACGAAAAUGGUUUCGUGAUCAGGGUCAAAUGCGAUGCCGGAUAUUCCUACAAAAAUUAUGACGCGACAGCUUCAUGUGUCAAUGGAACAUGGCUCUCCGUACCAACCUGCGAGCGAAGCCAGCAGGCGUGCGACGCGCCUCCUAAAAUUCCCCAUGCGGUCAUCAUCAAUAACCCUCACCAAGAUGUUUACGCUUCCGAUACGGAAUUACUCUUUGAGUGUGAAGAUGGCUUUACUGUGGAGGGAACGCAAAAAAAGGCCAUUUUUUGCAUCUUUGGAACGUGGUCGCCAGCUCCACCCUGUGUUGACAGGUGUGGAGACACUCCCGUUGUCGCUGAUGGCGAGAUCAUGAAAAGGACCAGCAGGUUUUUGAAAUACCAAUGCGGCAGUUUCUAUAAACGAGUCGGUCCGGAGAAAGUGGUCUGCUACGCUAACGGCCAGUGGUCCGCCACGCCUACUUGCAAAGCAACCUAUUGUUCCGUGGAUCAACACCCCAGGUUAAAAUUCGACGGCGUGAAAUUCCUAACCGAUGGCGAGACGGUGGAACUGGAGUGUGUGAACCCGGGCCACUGGCUGACGACUCAUUAUUCGGUGGUGCGGCUGCAACUGGUGGGAACGGAAGUUUGUAAGUGA